CUUGGCCUUAAUGUAUUUUUCGCGGCAUAAAUAAACACUAACGUUUAUGAUAGAUUAUGUUAUUUAUACGUCUAUAGACGUACAUAACCGUCUAAAUAUCAUAAAUGUUCAUAUUGGUUUAUGCCGCGAGAAAUACCUCAUUGUAUAUACCUAUCCGAGAUAAAAUCAAUACGAAGCGUCUGUAGAAACAAAAAAAAUCAUCCCUUUCAACCGCUUCUUCGUCACCCGCUGACCCACUUGAUGCUACGCUUGUGCAAAAGGUACCCGUUACUCCAUCCACUAUCCACUCUCGCUGUGUCAUCAUCGUUAAACCGCCGUCCAUUCGCCUAGAAACAGAAACUGAACACACAGUGAGUUUUCAGUUAGUCAGCAAGUAACAUAUCUACAACCUCGAAACGUUGUGUCUCGUAGUUGCUCUUUUUCUUCGAUUCUUCGCUUGUAUUCCGCGUUUAAUCGACACAAGAAGUGAAACAAUGGAAUUGCAGUUGUUGUUAGCUUUUGUUUUUGCCGUGUCGACGGUGUUCGCCCAACACGACCAUCAUAAUCAUGAGAUGCAUGAUCAUUCAAUGCACAGGGUCAAUGUAUCCGUUUACUAUGAAUCAUUAUGUCCGGAUUCCAAGAAAUUCUUUACUCAGCAACUGUAUCCAUCACUACAAGGCAACCUUUCCGAAUUCGUCAACUUAACUCUGGUACCUUACGGUAAAUCAAAAGCAGUUUUCGAGGUAACCGACUGGAAGUUCGAAUGUCACCAUGGAGAAGUCGAAUGCUACGGCAACAGAAUCCAAGCUUGCGCUUUGAAACGCAUAGAAAAAGGCCAAAACACCGCGGAUUUGGGUUACAACAAAAUCGCAGUGGGCUUCAUCAAUUGUCUAAUGGAUAAAGCCGAUAAAAAUGCUGAAGAUGUCUUUCCCACUAGAGACUGCGCUUUAGUCAAUCCCGUCUCCAAUUUAUUAGAUAUUGAGAACUGUUCCAAUCACACAGAUGCAUUCAACUACAUGGCAGUCUUCGGUCGUCUGACAGAUCAAGUCCAAAAGCCUCUAAAAUCCGUUCCUACCAUCGUUUUUAACGAUCAAUACAAACAAGAGGAUAACGAUUUAGCCCAAAGCAAUUUCAUCAAAGCCCUUUGCCAGUAUAUACAGGGCGAGAAGCCAGCAGAGUGUUCCACAGGAGCAGCUAGUAGGUUUACUAUAAGUUUGGCUGUAUUAUUAGCUUCAAUGCUAUUUAAACUACUUUAAAAACAUACCUAAAUGAGUAUUAUAGAUUUAUUUCGGUGCGUAUAUUUUAUUUUCGAAAAAUAUUGAGGCAAAUUUUAUCUUUGUGUAAUUAAGGAAAGAUAUUUUCAGUAGAUACCUAUUCUGGAAUAAUUUUAACACCUUUUUUGUGAUUGUUAAACAAAAAUAAACCAACUUUCAUUUCUUUACAUUUUUUUUUCAUUCACCUUGUCUUCAAAAAUAUUUAUAACAUAUAAAAAAUGUUAUAAUUAAUCGCUUAAGUGGCAUAGCUAAGUUACAGGUAGUUUAACAUUGUUAAUACUUAUCUGGUCAAUAACACCAUCCCAAAAUGCCUUUUAAAUGUGACCUUGUAUUCUGCCUUAAAGAUGAUACCUAAAUAAAUAGAUGUACUUUUAAAAAAAAUGUAUUUUUCUGUUUUAUUAUUUAUUAUGU